UCAUUGUCUCUGUCCUCCCCUGUCAAAGUGGGAAUUUCUGGAGGGCAGGAGUGCUUAUGAUUCAUUGCCAUGCCCUCUGUAUCCACCAACAACACAGCAUCGGGCCAGACAUGCUGUGGUUGUCUUCCUCAUUUAAUGCAUGGUCUGCUAGUUGUCAGUCACUCUACUAAAAGCUUGAGAGGCAUUAACUCACCCUUUGAAGUGGGCACUAUUAUCUCUUAUUUUACAGAUGAAGAAACUGAGGCUCAGAAAGUCAAAAUAACUUGCUCAGUUAAAAGAGCUAGGAAAUGGGGAGCUGGAAUUACAUAUAAACCCAGACUGUCUGACUCCAGAACCAGCCCUCAUGACCUCUGAGCAAAUAAACAACUAAAUAUAGUAAGCCAAGCAUUAAGUUUGAGUCAGGUUUAAGCUCAGUUAAGUAUUAGCACUUAACACUUUUUAAAUCUGUGAGCCUUGGUAAGCCUCAGUUUUCUCAAAUGUAAAAUAAGGAUAACAGUCCUGACGUGGUGUACCUCACAGGCAGUGAUUGAGUUGAAUGGCAGAUGGGGACAGAUUCUGCUGAAGUGAUCCAGUCUCGAGUGAAUGAUCAGGAGGGCCGAGAGGAAUUCUAUGUACACUAUGUGGGCUUUAACCGGCGACUAGACGAAUGGGUAGACAAGAAUCGACUGGCGCUGACCAAGACAGUGAAAGAUGCUGUGCAGAAGAACUCAGAGAAGUACCUGAGCGAGCUGGCUGAGCAGCCUGAGCGCAAGAUCACUCGAAACCAAAAGCGCAAGCAUGAUGAGAUCAACCACGUGCAGAAGACCUAUGCAGAGAUGGACCCCACAACAGCGGCCUUGGAGAAGGAACAUGAGGCAAUCACCAAGGUGAAAUAUGUGGACAAGAUCCACAUCGGGAACUACGAAAUCGAUGCCUGGUACUUCUCACCAUUUCCCGAAGACUAUGGGAAGCAGCCCAAGCUCUGGCUGUGCGAGUACUGCCUUAAGUACAUGAAGUAUGAGAAGAGCUACCGCUUCCACCUGGGCCAGUGUCAGUGGCGGCAGCCCCCAGGAAAAGAGAUCUAUCGCAAGAGCAACAUCUCUGUGUAUGAAGUGGAUGGCAAAGAUCACAAGAUCUACUGUCAGAACCUGUGUUUGCUGGCCAAGCUUUUCCUGGACCACAAGACACUGUACUUCGACGUGGAGCCCUUCGUCUUUUACAUCUUGACUGAGGUGGACAGGCAGGGGGCCCACAUUGUUGGCUACUUCUCUAAGGAGAAAGAGUCUCCAGAUGGGAACAAUGUGGCCUGCAUCCUGACCCUGCCUCCCUACCAGCGCCGUGGCUACGGGAAGUUCCUCAUUGCUUUCAGUUAUGAGCUAUCCAAACUAGAGAGCACAGUAGGCUCCCCUGAGAAGCCGCUGUCUGACCUGGGCAAGCUCAGCUACCGCAGUUACUGGUCUUGGGUCCUGCUGGAGAUUCUGCGUGACUUCCGGGGCACACUGUCCAUCAAGGACCUUAGACCCCACAAGGGAACUCUCCCAGCAUCUGCUCCAAUCCCUUUCUGCAGCCAGAUGACCAGCAUCACCCAGAAUGACAUCAUCAGCACACUACAGUCCCUCAACAUGGUCAAGUACUGGAAAGGCCAGCAUGUCAUAUGUGUCACACCCAAGCUGGUAGAGGAACACCUCAAAAGUGCUCAGUAUAAAAAACCACCCAUAACAGUGGACUCUGUCUGCCUCAAGUGGGCACCCCCCAAACACAAGCAAGUCAAACUUUCCAAGAAGUGAGUGACCUGUGUCCCUGCUGCUGGACCCGCACCUCCUUGGCCCCUCACCUGUAAAUAUGUACAGCCUGUUGUACCAUUUUUUUUUUUUUUAAAUAAAGUAAGUUCUGCCAG